AUGAGCUGUUUUCCUACACGUCUGGUCGUUACCUCUACAAUGAGAAGCGCCGGCUGGCAGAGAGAUAUGUUGAGUUUAACAUCAAGGAGCAAAGCGGUUGCGGCAGAGAGUGUUGGCAAAAAAAGAGUAUCACAUAUGAAGAAACUCCCAGAAGGCGGGUUUAACAGGGUCUUUCUCCUCACUAUGGAUGAUGGGUUUGAGGUCACAGUCAAGAUCCCCUACCAUCCGACAGUACCAAAGCACUUCGCGACGGAGAGUGAAGUAGCCACGCUCGAUUUUCUGCAAUCGAAAGGGAUUCCCAUUUCCCGCGUCUAUGCAUGA